AUGGCUGCACAUCUUCUUGCCGUGGUCAAUGGGUCUUCGAUCGGGGGCAAAGAGCGGAGAGUGAAGUCUCCAUUGCGCAGAGACUUCUGUCCAAGCCAGACAGUGCUUUUGACCGGUACUACGGGAUCACUGGGCGCCUACAUGCUGGACAUGAUGUGCUCCUCCCCUCAGGUGAAGAAGAUUGUGGCCUUGAACCGAGGCUCGGAUGGAGGCCGCUCCCGGCAACCUGGCGUCAGCGGAGAACGAGGAUUGAGCCAAGACUUUUCUAAAGUCGAGUUUGUGCAAGCGGACCUUUCCAAGCCCAGAUUGGGCGUCGAGGAGAAGAUGUACAACAACCUCCUGCAUGAGGCUGACCGAAUCAUUCACAACGCAUGGCCGGUCAACUUCAACAUCAGCGUCGGGUCCUUUGAGCCGCAUAUCAAGGGUGUGCGUCACUUUGUGGACUUUGCCGCCGCAGCCAAGAAGCACGACGAAGUGCCAGAGACUGGCUUUACCGAUCUCAACCUGCCAACCAUGGGCUACGGACGGUCUAAAGCGGUCAGCAGCUUGAUCCUGGACGAGGCGCGAGAAGUGUGGGCUGUCGACGGCGGUGAUCCGGGUCGGCCAAAUCGGUGGCCCCCUUGGACCGCGACACGUUGUUGA